AUGACGGUGAAGUCGAAAUUUAAUUUCUAUGUGGAAAGAUUAUUAACUUUGUUCAAGACACAUAAUAUUACAUUGCCUCCAAAAUUUGAGCUACAAGAGCUUGAUCUAGAGCUAGAUCUAGAUUUAGGGAAAUCAAAAUAAGGCAUCUGAAAGUAUCCAAGCUGUUAGAAAGAUCAUUAAUCCUGAAGAAAGCUUUAAAGAAGAAGAGCACUUAGAAAAAGGAUCAACUCCCAGCAAAUUUCACAAUAAACUCAACCGGGCUCUUGCAAAAAUAUUCAUAAAGAAGAAUCAAGGCCAAAUGACAAUGAGAAGAAAGAGUAACAAGAUUAGUGCAGCACCAGACUACACCUUAGACCUACUCUUAGAGAAGCACCCGAAGUGCCCUUCUAAAAGUAUAUUUCAAGAGGUUACCAUCAUUGAUGAAGAUAUAAGAGAAUGAAAAAUUAAGUCAACCAAAAAUGUUACUCUUCAAAGGGAAUCUUUUCCGCGUAAGAAGACUAUUGACUUGGUUAAAGAGAAUUCUGUUGGAGAUCUGAAGCCAAAGAGCAAGGCAAGUGUGGAUUCUGAGAAAAAUAAGGGAUUACCAUCUUUGAAGGAUCCUGACAGAUUUUUCUCUCCACAACCUCAUUCUGUUAAAUCUCGUUUUCAUCAGGUGAAUGUUCCAAAAGCUUCAAUAAUCAACGGAGACAUAAAAUCUGUGAGCUCUAAUGAGUCUCAAGAGAUACAUGUAGAGAAAUCUGGAGAUUCGGUUCAGAAACGUUCUGCCAAAGCAAGUGGAUUCUUCAGUACAAGAAAUAAUCAUAUCCUAAAAACUUGUGUAUUUCCAUUGACGGACAAAAGGAACAAAAGUAAGAAUAGCAAGUUUAAGAAUCUUGACAAUUGCUUGGAGGACAUAGAGGCUAAAGCACUUUUUAGUCCGCAAGCUAGUCAUUGGAAAUUUAGUAAGGUCUCUAGAAUGAAGCAGCUUAAAAAGCCUUAUAAAAUAUGAGACAAAGAGGAGUUCAAAAGAUCUAUGAGCUUUGGAAAUAUAAUUAAUUUGGAAUCCAGAGAUGGACAAAUAUCAAGGAAUCCUGUUGGUCUUCCUCUCAAGGCAAAAACUUCGUUCCCUAAGAUAGAUCAGAGGGGGAAAUUUCGAUCAGGGACCCAAUCCAUAGGGAAUGAAAGCCAUAAUAGCUCAGAUACUAAAUCAGUCAAACAUAUCCCUCAUUUUCUCUCUGAUGAUGGUCAAAGUUCAUUUUAUAAGAACCAAUGCUUUAUCGGUAAUAAGAAGAGUAGCUUUCUGAAGAAAGGAAAGAUGUCUAAUUUCAGGGACAGAAAUCAGGACUUGCUUCAUUCUUAACCAAGUAUCGUCCUUCCUAAGAUUGUAGAAUUUUGAUCAGAACAUUUUUAAACCAUAAUUUCA